AGCAAGAGUCAUUUUUACAAGAAAGCUUGCCGGACUGAGACAAUCCUAUCACACAAGAACCUUAACGAAUUGCAGAAAUUUCUGGUGAAUCCCACUGUUUCUUUCACACUUUCUGAUACCAAAUGAGAAUAUACAUUUUUCUGUGUUUGAUAUGCUGGGCAAGAUUUGGGUAUUUAAAUUUUCAGUCGAAUACCACUGGAGUUUCUAAAGAUCCUGAGAAGAAGAGAACAUGUCUUGAAUUCACAAAGUUAAGUGCAAUGAAUAGCUUAAAAGAUUUAUUUUGUCCCAAAGUAAAGAUAAAUCUGCUGAUGUACUCAAGGGGCAACGCCAAGUGUGCAGAGCCACUCUUUGAAUCUAAUAACUCACUCAACACCCGUUUCAACCCAGCGAAGAAAACCGUCUGGAUUAUUCAUGGGUACAGGCCCUUUGGUUCCACCCCAGUGUGGCUUUCUAGGUUUACUAAAGCCUUUUUGAAACAGGAAGAUGUGAAUCUCAUUGUUGUAGACUGGAACCAGGGCGCUACGACUUUCAUGUAUUCUAGAGCGGUUAGAAAUACCAGAAGAGUUGCUGAGAUUUUGAGAGAAACCAUUGAGAAUCUUUUGAUCCAUGGGGCAUCACUUGACAAUUUUCAUUUCAUUGGCAUGAGCUUAGGGGCUCAUAUUAGUGGAUUUGUAGGAAAGAUAUUUCAUGGUCAACUUGGAAGAAUUACAGGUCUUGACCCAGCUGGACCACAAUUUUCUAGAAAGCCAUCGAAUAGCAGAUUAUAUUACACAGAUGCAAAGUUUGUAGAUGUCAUCCACACUGAUAUCAAAAGUUUGGGUAUUGGAGAGCCAUCGGGGCACAUUGAUUUUUAUCCAAAUGGAGGAAAACAUCAGCCAGGUUGUCCUACAUCAAUUUUUUCAGGAACCAAUUUUAUUAAAUGCGACCAUCAGAGAGCCAUUUACUUGUUCCUCGCAGCUUUUGAAACAAGCUGCAACUUUGUUUCAUUUCCUUGUCGUUCCUACAAAGAUUACAAGAAUGGUUUGUGUGUGGACUGUGGGAAUCUUUACAAAGACUCCUGCCCAAGACUUGGUAAUCAAGCUAAACUAUGGAAAGAAGAGUUGAAGAAAAAAACAGAAGAAUGGCCUCUUAGAACCACUGCAUUUUUGGAUACUAGUAGCCAAAAUCCAUUUUGUACCUAUUAUUUUGCUCUCAAUAUAGUUGCCUUGAGUGAAACUAUGAGAAAUGGCUCAAUUUCAUUUGGUUUAUUAAAUGACCUUGGAGAUUUGGAAUACUCAACACUCUAUGAGAAGAGCAAGCCAUUUGAUAAUCUUCAAGAAGUCAAGAUUCUUGUUCAGUUCGUAAAUGACAUUGUGAGCAUUUCGCGCAUUUGCUUGACAUACUUUCAGUCCACAAAUCCUUACUGUGCCGCGUGCCAGUACAAAAUACAGAGCCUUGUGUUAAAAUCACUCACAUAUCCAGAAAGGAAGCAGAGAGCACCCUGGGGAUGGAGAAAGACUUCUGAAACAGGAAGCCAAUCCCAGUCUCACUUCUUCCCCUCAAAAGGCCACACCUCCGAAUCCUUUCCAAACUACAACUAACUGAAGACCAAGAAUUCAAAUGCCUGAGGCUUAUAGGGGAAAUCUCCUUCAAACCACCACAACUAGGUUACUUGUGGCUUCAUUUUGUGAUUGCUACUUAAUUGGUUGCUUGAUUCUAGUUUUUGUUGUUGUUGUUUUUAACAGUUACCCAAAUAUAGCUUGUCAUUAAUUGGUAUUUUUCAAAUGGCAAUGAUGAGGUCAUUUGCACUCUUGAAUUUGGGCAUUUAUACAUUUAGCUAAACAUGAUUAAUGACAGUGUAGGUAAAUUCUUGCUGUGGCUUUUUGUUUUCUGUUUGUAGUAUAUAUGUGUGUACAUAUAAUUUCAAGUAUGAGUUCAUGUGUUUGUUCUGUUAUUGUACAUAUGUGAAGGCAUGUGAAUUAUAAAGGCCAGAGAUUUUUUUUUUGAACCUAGACUUCCAUUGAAUCUGAGCUCAUGGAUUCAGUUUCACACAUAUAACUGCAAGUUCUCACAUGGGAUCUUUCUGUGCUCCACCCUGAGUCUGCUUUACAUGGCUGCUGGGGCUUCUAAUUUCUGUCCUCCUGUUGCAUGGGAAGAACAUUACAACGUGGAGCUUUUCAGUCUCGUCCUUAAAUGCUUUUGCCGAUAGACACAUGUUCUCACCUGGUUUAAUUUACUUUCUAAAGCAGUUUUCACAAUAAUUCUUUAUAUUGUGGGUGCAUUAUUAAGGAAGUACAAUAUAAUAUCUUUGAAAAUUCCUCAUGUUUUCUUCAUCCUGAAACAAAUUUUAUUUUCAGUACUUUUACAAGUAGCUGUGGUGCCUGUUGCCUUGAUUGUAUUGAAAGUUCUAUUGGUAUAUUUUCUUUGUUUCUCAAAAAAAUGACAAAUUAUUCUCUUUGGAUAAUCAAUAUUUUAUUUUCUGAAUUGGAACAGUUAGAUUAUAAUAUGCCUUAUAAUUUUAUUCCUAUAUCUAAGCUUGCUAUAAGGAAUGAUUGAUUAUAAUAUUGUACUAUAAUAACUUUAAGGCAUAAAAGGUAAUAAAUCUUAUUUUCUUCUAUGAAGGAAUUUGAUAAAUUAACUCUUGUCUUGAAUCCUAUUGUCCUGGCCCUGCAGAUUUUGUUCCUUUUCUUUUCUUUUCUUUUCUUUUCUUUUUUUUAAAUAAGAUUCCAUCUAUGUUUUCUACAACAUCUUGAAUUUCUUUUCGGUGUCUGUAUCAUUUAUCUAUAUUUUUCUUUGGGGAAUUCCUAUUUCCUGUCCCACUGCCCAUUUCCUCCAGAUCCCCUCCUCUUCUAUUUCCUUUCAGAAAAGAGCAGGCCUCCGUGAUAUCAACUGAACACAGCACAGGUUGCAAUAACACUAGGCACAUACGGUCAUAUCAAGGCUGAAUGAGACAACCCAGUUGGAGGAAAUGCAUGCCACGAGCAGAUGAAAGAGUCAGAGGAUCCUUUGUCCCACUCUUGGGAGUCCCACAAGAAUGCCAUACUAUACAACCAGAACAUACAUGCAAAUGAUCUAGAUCAGACUCAUAGAGGCUCCCUGGCUGUCACAUUAGUCUCUGUGAGCCCCUAAAAGCUCUGCUUAGUUGAUCCUAUGGGUUGUAUUCUCUUGGUGCUCUGACCUCCAUGACUCCUACAGUCCUUCCUCCUCCUGCUCUUCACAUUUUUCUAGCUCUGUCUCCUGUUUCGUUUCGGGUCUCUGCAUCUUCUUUCACCAGUUGUGGGAUGAAGUCUCUCUGUUGAUCUAGGUACCAAUUUGUUCUUCUGUCUGGUGAGGCCUGUACUUGAGCAGGGCUGUAAAUAUAAUGUAUAAUGGAGAGUUUCUAUAAAUAUCUUUGAGGUUGAUUUUCAAGAAGCUAUUAAAUUACUUUUGGGCAGAUGUUCUUUAGAAGGCCUGAUUUCAUGCUAUACUAGACAGACUUGGAGAAGUAUUUAACCUAGGUUAAUUUACUUCCACCCUUUAAGCACACUUUAAGCACACUUUAUCCAGCUAGUGACCUGUAUGUCAUGAAUUUAUUGCUGUCUUAGAAGUUAGGACAAGAUAAAUUUCUGUCUCUGUAUUAAUGUUUAAAAUCUUUCUCUAAGUCAUUUUGCAAAGGAACAUUAGAAAAGUAAAUGUGAUAAAUCAUGCAAAGCUCUCAGGAAGAGUUUUUUAAAAAGAAAAAUGUACUUCUUAUCAUUUGUUUUGUUAUUUAUAGAUUGCAGUAAAAACUAAAUUGGAUUUAACUUUAGAUAUUAUCUUAGAAUUACUUCCAAUUUUAUUAAAUUUUACAUUAUAUCGAUAAAAUAGUUUCCUCUUGUAUUAAUCUGUAAUAAGCAAAAUAUUAGAAGUGUAA